AAAUGAAUUUCAAUAAAAAAAGAAAGAUAACAUUGUUUUAGAUUUUAGGAAGAGAGAGAGUUAAUAAGAAGUCAUCAUCACAACAUAAAAAAUCAAAUACAAUUGAUCAUGUAUAAUUACCAUAAUUAUACGAUAACUUUCUAACUGAACAUUCAUUACGUCUAGGUUUUUAGAAAUAAUAAAAAUCUAUCAAAUUAAAAGAUGAUUUUCCAGCCAGAACAUCUUUAAGUGUUUCAACAAGAUCACCAGGCAGAUUAUAAAGUAUUAUAUAUUCAGGAUAAAUGAAUAUAAAGAUAGACUAAUUGAUUAACAGAAAGAAAUAUGUGAAAUCGAGUCUAAUUAUGAAGUUAAACUGA